AGGAUAGGAAGAGAAGGAGAGAGGAGAGGAUGCAGCUGCCGGCUCUUUGCUGCAGAGCCUCGCUAUUGCUGCUCUUUCUGCCCUGGGCUGGAGGCGAAAACGAUGCGGAGCUGCAGUCCCUGCAGGAUCUCCUGGUGGCUUUGGGGCAGCUCCAGGAGGAGGAAGGGGCACCAGCCCUGGAAGAUGAGCUGGGGGCUGAGGCUGAAGCUGGUGGCUCUGAGUGGGAUCUCCCAGGGAUGGAAAGCAGCCCGGUGGGUGCUCUGCUGCCAGCCCCCAGCCCUCCCCAACCGGUGGAGGGGCAGAGCCAGUGGAGGAGCCUCCUCUCCUCCUAUGGACGGAGGCACUUCUCUGGCUGCUUUGGGACGAGGAUGGAGAGGAUCGGCGCGCAGACGGGGCUGGGAUGCAACCACUACAAAGCCCGUUUCUGGAGGAGAAGAAGAAGCUGAAGCCGGGACUGGCUCUCAAGUACUGGUCAUGUCCCACAGCUGGACAGCCAGGCUCCCCUUGGAGCUUCUGGGGUUUGUGGUACACAGCAAUAA